UGCCUGUUGACACGAGCACAGUGUGAGACUGUGAGAUAGGAGAGCCCUUCUGGAACACAGCUGAUGAUUCGGUUUGCAGACCACUUGCUCCAGUUGGUAGCUGCUUUGUGGGACUUCCAGGUCGUUUAGCGGUUUAAGCUGGCGGGCUAUUUGGAAAGUACCCUUCUAGGCAGACGCAGGCAUCGUCGACUACCGCAGUUUCGUCCAGAUUACCAGCGAGGCACUAUGUUGGGGCUAGGUGCAAUGUUUGGCAAAGCAGGCCCAUCGACCAACGGCUAAAGUCGUGGUCUUGAACUUGUCACAUACACAGUAGCGUUUAUUGGUCUUUCCUUCCUAGAGUGUUAUUUUUUGUUGUUUAUUUUCGUCGCGUCCCCUUUUGUGUAUGUUUAUCAGGUCUUUACUUUCCAUGACCAGUGUCACUGUUCCUGUGCCUGUGCGCAAUAUAAUGUUCAGUAGCACGAUCGUACGCACUGGGUGAAUGAAGAGUAGCGUACUUCACGGUCAGGGUUGGAAAUGUCUCUCGUCCAGAGCACGGGUGGAUUGGAAUGGAUGGGUCACUCGACCGGUUCUGUCUGGUGGUGAAAUGUACCGCUAGUUUGUGCAUAAAUUAUCGUUUUCCAUCCAUAACAUUUCGCGGAUUAAGGUUUGAGAGCCUACCAGAAUGGUCACCAUCCUACAAAUGAUUGUCCACGAAGAGUAAUAAUCAUAAAAUCAACAUGAGCUCAAAUGAGAAGUAACGAGAUGUAACAACAUUAACUAGUACAGUUAUUAGCAUUUGUACAGUUUAGCGGUUGUCCCAACGUUUAUUGUACUCAUUAGUAAUAUCCGAAAUGGACUAAACCUAUAUGGCUUUAUCCAACAUUCUUUCCAACAUAUAGUUGCUUCCUUAUGUUUCUGUAGUACAUAUGUGAUUUUUAUAAUUCAGUUUUUUUAAAGAACCCCAGGUCAGUAAUAAAGGAUCGCUUACCCAGGUCAGUAAUAAAGGUUCGAGAAAGUAUUAAAGAUUAUAUUUUACUUCGCUCUGGAAGGAAUUCAGAAAUGGUUCCAAAUUUUUUCCCCUACGUUCAAAAUUUAGUAAUGUUUUUUUUAAAUAUAGUACUAUUAAUGUGUUAUGUUAAAACAUAAUUAGGAUCGGUAACUAAUAAGAUAGAUGAAACGCUAGUUAUAGUACUAAGUAUUAUUUCAACUAUGCGUGUUCUCAAAGAAGUGUUCUAAAUUAAUUCAUUAUCGUGUUUUGGCUGAUGAGAAUAGCAAAUAUAGAGGAUAUAUAUUUGCUGUCUUGAACAGACGUUGAUAAAAAAGAAACGAACGUACUUUGGCACGUCCUUCUGCUAUUGGAUGUAACUCAAACCAAAUAAAAUGGAAAGGAACCGUAUCGCAUAAAAUGUUUCAUUCAAUAGUCCAUUUUCUUUCGCACAUACAUCCGAUCACAAAUACAUGCAUGAGUAUCAGUGGGUGACAAAUAAACCUCUUUCGCUCAGUGUAUGACUGGGUCAGUUUCUUUAAUUCUGAUACGCUUUCACUUGCUGGUACCAUUGCUCCAUACUAUUGUUCAGUGUUUUGUGUACAGGCGCGUCACCGCAACUUAUGUGAGUUGACAGCAGAAGGACGUGAGUGUGAUCGCUGCACGAAUCCAGCCAAGAAGUGACCGAUGUAAGAGCCAUGAUGGAAGCAGCAAGUGGAGCGCCGCGGAUAGGUGAAGUGCUUUCUUUAAUUAUUUUUGUCAGCUUUAUUUUUUAUUGUUUGUUUGUACCACGUAUGUUGCCGUAUAUUUAUUGUAGGUGAUUUUUACACUUCAUCAACGCUCGCCCCGGGAACUUUGGGGCUAUUGAAACGACGUCGUUUCGCGUCUGCCCAAACACGUCGCAUGAUAAUCUUACAAUAGCGUUGCGGUCUGUCGUUCCCUCCCCCGCAGCAUCGGCAUAGUUUGUGUGAGACACGGGACGGGAGAUCAGACACCGAUUCCACGCGAUGUACGUGCACGGUCACAGUCAAAAACGCAGCCAGUGAGCGAUAGUGUUGCGCUGUGCGAGGAUGCGGAAGUGUCCAGCUGGUGAGCUCAUUUUUGGUCGAUCACCAGUUUUGUUAGCGGGAUAGUUUUGGCUAUUUUUGUUUGGUAAACUGUUGUUGGUGGAAUACUAUUCGGAACGAGAAGAUGAAGUUGCUGAAGGUUGUGCUGUGGAUGGAGUUGUGUGUGCUGUGUUUGGUGUUUGGCCGGGAAGAUGAGGAACACAACCGGAUCAAUUAUGACAUCUAUGUGACGCCGAUUAUGAUAAGCCCGAUUAGUGAUAACCGGUUUCGUGCAAAAAACCCGCUGCUAGCUUGGCUAUCCACCAUGCUUAACUAUCGACCGCCGAUCUUCGGUGCGGAAAUGCCGGUCACAUCCACACUGAAGCCUCCACCACGUGACUGUCCGGAGUGCUCAUGCGGUCGAGGUAAGACGAGCUCGAGGAUCGUGGGAGGAGAUGCAGCCGAUGUUAAAGAAUAUCCCUGGAUCGUAAUGCUCCUGUACCGGGGUGCAUUCUACUGCGGAGGAUCCUUGAUCAACGAUCGCUACAUUGUGACAGCGGCACACUGUGUGCUUAGCUUCACGCCCAACCAGCUGCUGGCGAAGCUGUACGAUGUCGAGCACGGCGAGAUGAUCACUCGCAGCAUCGUCAAGCUUUACGGCCACGAACGGUUUAGUCUGGACACGUUUAACAAUGAUAUCGCGUUGGUUAAACUGCAGCAACCGGUUAAUGCUGGUGAGAAUUUCGUACCAGUCUGUCUUCCUGCGUCUGGAAGAACCUUUGCCGGCCAAAACGGCACUGUGAUUGGUUGGGGAAAGCUCGCUAACGGUAACUUAUCGAAAGGUUUGCAGAAGGCGGUUGUGCCCAUCAUUACCAACAUGCAGUGCCGAAAGUCCAGCUAUCGUGCUUCGCGUAUUACAGACAACAUGCUCUGUGCAGGAUACGCUGAAGGUGGACGUGACGCAUGUCAGGGAGACAGCGGAGGACCGUUAAAUGUUGGGGACAGCAAUUUCCGCGAGCUUGUCGGCAUAGUGUCUUGGGGUGAGGGAUGCGCCCGUCCCAACUAUCCCGGGGUCUACACGCGAGUGACUCGUUACUUGAACUGGAUUAGGUCUAAUACUAGAGAUGCGUGCUCUUGCGAACGUUCCGUAGCGUGAUUCUAGUUUACUGCCUUCGGAAGACCAUUGUCAUGAACCGUAAUUACUAAACGCAGCUAAAGUCAGCAGCUUUGCACCACGGAUGUUUGUGUUGAUUGGAUAGAACGAGACCGAAUGGAGCGAACAAAUGAAGUUGUCUGAAAGGAACUUAAAUGAUGUCUAUUUAAAACGUCCAGUAAAUCAUUGGAGUGAGCCGGGUAGGGUAGAUAUAGCAAAUUCCUUGCACAAUGAAUGUAGGGAAAAUGGAAAAUGAGACACAGUUUUACAAUGUAAUGACGGUUUGAGUAAUUUUCAUUAACAUUAUCACGAUCAAUGCGGUUGUUGUUAGGUACUCACUGGAGGUCCGCUGCUUUGACUUGAACACAAACGUUCAUUGUGGUAAAAUAAUAGCAUGGAACUGGAUUAUUUAGAGUGUACUGGGCAGAUGCUCUGUAACUUAUUGGUACACCAACAAACAUACUAGAUGGAGCACCAAAUUUCCUUUAUGUUUUAAUAUAUACAUGUGAUUCGAGAAUAAAAAACCAUUAUCUCUUAUAUACGAGUGUAAAAACACCAUCCUGUAAAUAAACAGAGUUAAUCGGUUAAAAGCGUAUUAAUACAUUUAUACGCCAAGUGUUUGGAGCUGUUCAUAAGUGUAGUGAGCUGUUCUAUAUAUUUUUCGAGUAAUAGAUUGACAAAAUAGAUAAUGUUUCGGGUCAAUAUUGUUCUUUUGGGUAACAUAUGAUGGUUAUGAAAGAUCUUCAUUUAUCUUAUAUUUUAUUAUUUAAGAAUGACGGCUUCUCGCCGGAUUGUCACUCUCUUAGGACAGAAGUGAAUACAUUC